GGGCGCCUUCCUCGCCUUGUGGAACUUAAUUUCCGGCAUAGUGCUAGGACCAUUGAUGACUCCAUUGUCAACAUGGAUAGCUAUUCAGUGCAUUUGGUUCGUGACCACUGUAAUAUACAUAGCUACUAUUUGUUUAGAGAGAUCACGUGAUGUUGUACGGUCCUUUCCAUUGCUGGUGUUUUGGUUGCUGGCUUGGCUGUGUCUCAUGGGGAAACUGGUCAUCCUCGGAGUCACUCAACUGAUGUAUAGAUCCAACAUGUUUCUGUUGACAUCCACGCUGGUACGUUCACUAUUAACAUUUAGCAUCUUGGUAUCUACAUGUCUGUCGGAAUAUCACGGGGAAAAAAAUAAGGGACACAAUCCAGAAUUAUCAGCUUCAUCAUUAUCAUGGAUUACCUUUUCAUGGGUAAACAAACUCAUGCUACAAGGUUAUAGGCAAACUAUACAAGAAAGUGAUGUCUAUGAGUUAAAUAAGGAUGAAACAACACACACUGUGUCAGCAAGAUUAAAGCAAAAUUUGACAGAUCAAAGCAAAAGAUGCAAAACAGACAAGAUUUUGUCUAUUUUGACAUGGAAAGCUUUCAAUUUGAAACAAGAAGGUGAAAAGGAUUCCCUUUUGAAACCAUCAGAUAAAAGAUAUCAUUCAACAUAUUCAGUCAAUGUGGUGGAUAGACACAAGAAAUUUUUUACUAUUAUCAUGACUACCUUUGGCUGGGAGUUCAUAUACUGCAACUUUGGAAUACUGCUGUGUGCCUUAGCAUAUCUGUGUAUACCUUUUCUGCUUGGGUUACUAAUAGAUUUCAUCAAAGAUCCUGAUGAGCCAACUUGGCAUGGUUAUAUAUACUUAUUGGCUUUUGUAUUUAUCAGAAUUGUAAAUACAGUGUUCCGUCAAUCAACAGAAUUCCUCUGUGUUAAGCUGGCCAUACGAGUCAGAAGUGCCAUAAUAAGUGCUCUCUUUCAAAAGGCUCUAAACUUAUCUAGUGAGUCUCAAAGGAAAAUAAAUGAAGGAGAGUUUCUUAACUUGAUGUUCCUGGAUACAAAUCAUGUGGACAUGUUUCUGAGAAAUGCUUACUGGUUGUGGAUGAGUGUUCCAAUGUUACUGGUUUCAAUUUUAUUGCUUUCCCAAAUUAUUGGGUUAUCAAUAAUUUCAGGUUUUGGUAUAGUUUGUUUUAUUUUUUGUGUGAAAAUAAUACUCACUCAAAAGCAGAAACAAAUUUUUGAAGAAAUGAUGAGUUGUAGGGAUUACAGAUUGAAUAUUACUAGUGAGGCUUUAAAUGUCAUCAAAAUAAUCAAAUUAAAUGGAUGGGAACCUAUAUUUAUCAAUAAAAUAUUGCAAGCCAGAAACAAAGAACUCAAACAAUUAAGCAAAUAUGUACCCAUUGCUGUCAUUUUGACUUUUAUCUACACUGCAUCUACUUUCUGGAUAUUUUUCAGCAUUUUCUUCACAUAUUUGUUGUUGAAUGAAGACCAUAUAGACAACAAGAAAACUUUCCUCACAAUCAACAUUGUACAACUGAUUCUGAUGAUUAUUUUUAACUUACCCUUGAGUUUCAUUUACACUGUGCAAAUGGCUACAUCAAUUGUUAGGCUCAACAAAUUUUUUGAGUUAGAAAAUUUACAAACAUCCAAUAUACAAAGAAAUUCUAGUGAAGAAAUGGCUGUUCAGUUGGAGAAUGCAAGCUUUUCAUGGGAGAUAACAGGGCAGCCUUGUUUAAGAAACCUUAAUUUCAAAGUGACUCCUGGAAGUUUGGUUGCUGUGAUUGGUCCAGUAGGUGCUGGAAAGUCUUCAUUACUUUUGGCAUUGCUGGGAGAGAUGUACAAAAGGGAAGGAUUCAUUAACAUUCAAUCAUCUGUGGCCUAUGUACCUCAAGAGUCUUGGAUACGUAACUCUACAGUUAGAGAAAAUAUCACAUUUGGAAAGCAGUUUGACAAGGAAUUUUAUGAACAAACUAUUAAAUCCUGUGCAUUAAAACAAGAUUUAGAAACUUUGCCAGCAAGAGAUCUCACAGAACUUGGAGAGAAAGGCGUCAACUUGUCUGGAGGACAGAAGCAAAGAAUUUCACUGGCAAGGGCUGUUUACAGUGGGGCAGAUAUUUUUCUAUUGGAUGAUCCUCUCAGUGCAGUAGAUGGCCAGGUUGGACAACACAUCUUUAAAAAUGUCCUCAGCAAUGCUGGUCUUCUCAGGGGCAAGACUCGCAUUAUGAUCACCCAUGGCCUGAAGUGGCUUCCAGAAGUGGACUGUAUAGUUGUAAUGAAUGAUGGGAAUAUUGUGGAAUUAGGAACCUUUACAAACUUGCUUAAGAAAAAAGGUUAUUUCUAUGACAUUAUACAAAAAACCUCAACAGAACAUGCAGAUGUAAAAAAUAAUAGCAAUUUAGAGUCAAAAGACACAUUCAGGGAAACCCAAUAUUAUAAGGAACGAUUAUCUAUCAACUCUGUGGACAUACCUGACCCAUAUGAGAUGCCAUCCAUUGCAGGAGAUCACAAAACCAUGACAGUUGAGGAAAUGGAAGUUGGAAAAGUCAAGUGGAAAGUUUAUCUUGACAUUCUAAAAAGUUUUGGAGUUUUCUUUGGAAUAGCAAUGGCUGUUUUUAUGAUUGGCUUUCAUCUUACUUAUAAUAUUUCCUUCCUUUGGUUGAGAUCUUGGAAUGAAGACAAAAACCUUUUGAAUCAUUCAAUGGUAUCAAUGAACAUAUCAUUAUCAGACAGACUUCAGAUGAAUGAAAACUACAUACUUGUUUAUAUUAUACUUGGACUAAUACAAUCUGUGUGCUGCAUAGUGUAUGCAAUUCUGAUACACUCUCGCCAUGUGACCACAUCACAUGUACUUCAUACAUGUCUUGUGAAUGGAGUCUUUAAAGCACCAAUCAGCUUCUUUGACACAACCCCUUUGGGAAGAAUAUUGAAUCGUUUUAGUCAAGACAUAAACAUCUUGGACAACACACUGUUCCUACAGUUUGAGGUGUAUUUAGAGCAUGCUAUGUUUGCUCUGGGAAUACUUACCAUAAUCUGCUAUACCACUCCAGUAUUAAUAUCGAUUGCCAUCCCUGCUGUGCUUCUUCUACUAUUUUUACAGCAAUUUUGUAUUAAAACCUUGUGUCAACUGAGGCGAAUUGCUUCCAAGAAUUGUUCUUCUGUUAUGGCCCAUGGCACUGAGAUCUUAUCAGGCCUGAAAGUGAUAAGGGCCUAUCAACAACAACAGAAUUUUAUUCAAGAGGCUGAGAUAAGAACCGAUAACUUUCAAAAACCUCUGAUUUUAGCUAACGCAGUCAUCAUGUGGUUGCAGACCAGACUGGACUUAAUUUCAUAUGUGGUUAUUGUUUCUGUAAUACUUAUGAGUGUUGUGUAUAGAAAUGAUUUAGAGCCAGGACUACUUAUUCUAUCUUUGACUUUUGUACAAAUGCUGACUAAUGAAGUAACAAUGGUCAGUAGGAUGGCAAGUGAAAUUGAAAUCAAUUCUGUAUCAGUAGAGAGAGUUUUAGACUACUCCCGUGUUACUCCUGAGGCGUCUUGGGUAUUAUCUGAAGAUAAUUCAACUUUAGAGGAGUGGCCAUCACAAGGUUCCAUUGAGUUUGUCCACUAUAGUUCAAGGUACAGAGAGGGACUAGAUCUGGUAUUGAAAGACAUCAACAUUUACAUCAAACCUGGGGAAAAGAUUGGAAUAAUUGGCAGAACAGGGGCAGGCAAAUCUUCAUUUGUUUUGUCAUUAUUUAGAUUAAUAGAAGCUGCAUCUGGCUCAAUUCUUAUAGAUGGCAUUGAUAUUUCAACUAUUGGUCUACAUAAACUUAGGCAAGGGUUGACUAUUUUACCUCAGGACUCAGUUUUAUUGUCAGGAAGUUUGCGGAUGAACCUUGAUCUAUGUAACCAGAGAACAGAUGAUGAAUUAUGGCAAAGUCUGGAGUUAGUACAGUUGAAACAAUUCUGCCAAAGUUUACCCAAGAAAUUGGAUCAUGAUGUUGGUGAUGGAGGCUGUAAUUUAAGUGUGGGACAGCGCCAGCUUGUGUGUCUUGCCAGAACUAUACUAAACAAGACAAAGAUACUAAUUCUUGAUGAAGCCACUGCUGCUAUUGAUGUAGAAACUGACCAGGUUAUUCAAAGGACUAUAAGUACAGCGUUUCAUGACUGCACAGUUCUGACCAUUGCUCACAGAGUGAACACUUUACUAGACUAUAACAGGAUUAUGGUGCUACACAAUGGGCAAAUAAUAGAAUUUGAUUCACCAAAGACAUUACUUGCCCAAAGUAAUUCACAUCUAAGUUCCAUCUUGAAUAAAUCUGGCCAACAUUUGUGAUGUGUUUUCUAAAUCUUUGCAUACAUUUCAAAUAUGUUUUAAAGUCACUUUUAGACUUGUCUUGAAAAGUACAAGUACUUGUAAUAACUUUGCUGACAAUUUUUUUUUUCUU